CGCACUGUAGUACCGACACUACACCUGUGCCGGACCUCGUUAAGAUAUUUCCCGGACUCUAUCUUGGCUAGUGAGGUCGAGAUGACUUGGGAUCUAGUUGGUUUACUGCCGUCCCAGGACUCGAACUCCAUUAGGGUUGCCGAGAUUCUAUUUACAAAUGGUGGCAAGAAGUCGGCCAGUCCGAAGGUGGGAGUGGCUCCGGCAAGCCGGAGCUUAGAGGAGGGGCUGGAGUGCCCGGUGUGCUGGGAGAGCUUCGAUGAUACAGAUAAUACGCCUUAUGUUCUAUGGUGUGGACAUUCCUUGUGCAAGAACUGCGUGCUCAACCUAGAAUGGGCUACGGUGAAACUCUCUGGCCUUCCGCUCCAGCUGCCCCUCUUCAUUUGCUGUCCUUGGUGCCAGUUCUUGACAGUCAGAUUUAAAUGGAAGGGCCAACUCAGGUAUCCUUGCAAGAAUUUUUUCCUUCUCUGGGUGGUGGAGAGUCUUCAAGGGGAGCAUGGCCGGUCUUCAGUAUGUGCCGAGGACACAGAACCAUCCCCAUUGUGUGGGCUUGGUCCCGUGUCCCUGAGCUCUCCUCACGCAGGCCGUGCAGGAUCCGGCGUAGUCUCGCCAGGUGCCAUUGUCAGGCAGGAUCCUGUUAUUGUGGCUACCAAUCGGUGGGGACUGCAUGGGUGGCGAAGAUCUGGUACUCGUUUGGUGGCGUCCUUUUCGCAGUUUAUGGUCAGAGUUCCCCUUGUCCUGCUGUUCCUGUUCAUCUUAGUGUACGUACUACCUUUCAGCACUCUGGUGCUUGCUAUCUACUGCAUAAUCACCGUGUUGUUUGCCGUGCCAUCCUUCCUGGUGGUUUAUUUUUCAUAUCCAAGUUUAGAUUGGUUAGUGAGAGCCAUAGCAUCCUGAGAGCGGAAAUUUUGGUUCCUCAUAGAAUGUACUGAACAGCGUUCUCUCACAAUUAUUUUAUUGACAUGUGCGCGGGUUGUUUCAAUGAAUUAGCUGAGCUACUCGUGAAGAUCUUGUCAAGCCCCACCUCCUAGCCAUAUUUACAAGGUUCAAGGGUGGCAAUUCAAAUGUAUUCAACAUUAAGACUAUUAUUUUGUUUUUUACUUUUUA